AAGAGCAGAAGAUUGUUCAGCAUCUUUAUGUUGAAUACGGAAACAUUAUAAUAAAUUUGACAAAUUUAAAUGUUUAUAGAUGCAUUUGUCAGGUUUGGAUAAUUUGAUCAUUAUUAUUUUAAUAAUGAACGAUUGGCAAUCAAAUUACUCUCCAAGUCUAGGUAGCACAUUUGGUCCAUGGUAUCCAAGUACAACUAAGAAUAAAAUGGUCAAAGCAUAACAUACUUAGAAUCUAACAUUAGAACCUUUAACUUAAAAACAUCAUACAAGAAUUUAAAGUAGAACAUCUAUACCAAAAAGAAGAGCAAUAUCUGUCUAACGUAGAUUACCUACUGCUCCAACUAUGGAUAUAACAUCAAAAGUGCAAAAAUAAAGAACUCUACCAGAACCAGUUCUAAUGAAUUUGACUUAGGAACCACUAUAUGUUAGAAGCAAUAAGAUGGUAUAAGAUAUCUUAAAGAAAUUAUAAUACUAUCGAUACAAUGAACGUCAUUUGA